AUGGCAGAAUUAAAUCCUACAAGCUGGACGUGUUCUUCCAACAAUGCAUUAUAUGUUUCAAUAGCAGAGCCUAAAGGAGCAUUCACAUUCAAGCCAAAAUUCACGUAUCCGAUAUUUGGGGAGGCGGAGCAGAUAUUUGGAUACAAGGAUCUUCGUAUGGAUCUUGCGUUUGAUUGUAAAUCCUUAAAGCCGUUCUUCAAUUACAGAUAUUCGUCCAAGAUGUCCGAAAACGUUAAAGACAUCAAAGAGCAGAUACUUCCAUUUUUGGCUGAGAAGGGCAAGGAUGUUGUCUUCAAAGAUGAGGGGAAAUGGUUGGAUAGCAUCGAUGAUGAGAAGUUUAGUAUUCCCGGCGACUGUGUUGAGGAAUACAAAAUAAGAAGUGAUGUGUUGAACACGUACAAGGUGUUUAAAUUCAAUAUUGCAAAGAGCAAGGAGGGCCUCAAGCUUCAUAGGAGGAUGCAGGUGUUUGUUCUUCUGUACAUUGAAGCAGGAUCUUACAUUGAUGACAAGGAUCCGGCCUGGGACAUAUACUGCAUCUACAAAUGUCCCAAAGAUGGCUCUAAGGAGACGUUUAUUGGUUUUACAACAACGUAUUCUUACUGGAAAUACCCGGGUCAUUUGAUAUACGAUGCCACAGAUAGUUUGAAUGUGAGAUACAGGCAGAAAAUCUCCCAGUUCAUAAUCCUGCCUCCAUUCCAAUCGAAACGACACGGACAGCAUUUGUAUGAGGCAGUGGUGAAUGACUGGCUUAAGGAUAGCAGUGUUGAAGAAAUAACGGUGGAGGAUCCAAGUGAGGCUUUUGAUGAUUUGAGGGACAGGUGUGACAUGGAGAGGCUUCUUUUCCAGCAUCACUUCUUAAAGUCUUUAGACAAACUACCGGUUACAGCCGAAUGGAUCGAAAAUGUUAGAAAGCAGGAAAAGAUGGAGAAGCGGCAGUUUGCAAGAUGCGUUGAGAUGGGACUUUUGUAUUUGCUCAAUGAGCAGCAGAAGACCAUGAAGCCGUCUGGAAUUGAUGGGCUCUCGCAGAAAGAAAUCAGAAAGCUUAUAAAGGCAAGGCUUUACAAAAAGAAUAGGGAUGCAUUGGCUGACCUUGAAAAAAGCGAUAUGCAGGACAAACUCCAAACUGCGUACCAGAGGAUCAGAGAUGAUUACAUGCGUAUUCUUUCAAGUGUAAGAAACACGCAAAAAAACAGAUUGAGUUUGUCAAAAAGAGCAGGAACCGAAGUUGAUGCCGGGGAGAGCAAGAAGGCUAAAGCGGAAUAA